AUGGAGAUGAGCGCUAUUUUUAAAGCUUUGUCCAAUUAUGUAACACAGAGCCAGAUUGACGAAAUUCGUCUCGGACCGGAGAGGGAGAUGCUGACUGAUCUCAAACGUCGCUAUGCAGCCGGUGACGGUCUUCAAUCCCUUGAUGCACAAGGAGCUGCUCCAAUCCACAUCGCCGCUGCUUGUGGCUACGUAGAGGUGAUACGAUACUUACUCCAAUUGGGUUUGGACUCCCAACUACCAGAUCAAGAUGGCUGGCUCCCUAUACACAUCGCCGUUUCGUUUAAUCUGCAUGCCACUACUCUUGCGUGCCGCUGUGAUGAGGAGAUGCAGCGUAGACAAGCCUUGCAAAGACAUCAGCAUCUUAUUGACAAACGUUCUGGUUCAGUUCAAUACUCCUUGAUACGUGUCGAACGAACUGUGUGUGACCAACCUAACCAGGUGCUGGAAGUUAUCGAGACCCUAGUGGCCUAUGGAGCUGAUUUGAACGCUACCACAAAGAAUGGUCAAACAGUUUUUGAUAUCUGCGACUCUAAGGAAUUGCAGAUGCGUCUAAAGGAGGUUUGGGACAGACGAGAGGAUUUGCGGAGCGCGGUGAAAAAGACCACCCUUUCCAUGAACAAUAAUGGUAACUCCAACUUCGUCAGGGGCUUCGGUUCCUCUCGAAGAAAAAGCAAUACCUCCAUCAUGCGAACAUCGAUGCGUGAAAAGCGUCGAAUGACCCUGGCGGAUGCAGAGAAGGAACGUCAGUUGGCCAGUGCGGUGGCGAGCAAGGAAAAUGGAGAAUCGACGGAGAGAGUUUCCAGCAACUCAGCAGCCACACCUUCCUCGCCAAAGUCUCCCAAUGUAAAUGCGAAUACCGCAAAUAACAACAACAGUAGUUAUACUUUGGAUGGACAGAAGUCCUCAACCAGUGGUUCAGACUCCAAACGGACACCUGAGGUGAAUGGAAUCGGGUCAACAAUGACACGGAGGGGAAAUGAUAGUAGCACUACAGUUCCUAGUGUUCCACCUCGAAACACUCGGCCCGUGAGGUCAGGAAACGGCUUUGUGGCUUCACCACAAUCCAUGAACACAUCCACCUCGGCAUCAACGAACGGCCAACGCACCAAAAUCUCUUCACCUUCCACUCCCACUGAUAGCAGCACCGUAACAUCCAAUUCUUCAGCUUCCAAUUCAUCUUCCACUUCCUCUUCCACCACAGAAACCCCAGAUUCAGAAUCCAGUGAUUCCUCUCGUUCCAACUACGUUCGUCCCAUGCAACGGAAUUCCAAUGGCCAAAUGGUUCCCAUUGUCAACACAACCAAUAACAACGACUUAGUUCGUUCACCGCUAAGUCAACGAUCUCGACCUACACCCCCUUCGCGUGACAACCGAAGUAGAACACCCGGGCGCUCGGAUGCAUCUAUGGGUUCUCCAAACCAUUAUGGUUCUCCCAAAGGUCCCAGGUCCAACACCACAGCGGCUGCACAGUUGCCUCCUUUAAACCAUUCUGUUCUCCGUCAAGGCCCCCUUCCACAACCACCACAGAAUGAGAUUCCCAGAUCGAACAUGAAUAGUGUAACUCCAUCCUCGAAAUUUGUAUCCACGGAGACCCUGAAUUCAGUUAAUGGAGAGCAAAGGCGUAAACCUUUCCUAUGCUGCCAUACCAUGUGA